AUGGUCGAAACGCCAUAUAUCAAGGAAAUGCGUGAAGUGCGCAAAAUGGUAAUUUUUGGAUUUGGAAAAAGACUUAUCAGAGUUUCUUACAAGGCUGGCCAUGCUAUACCUGAUAAAAGAGUUCUCGCUCGGUUCAUGAAAAAGCCAGAUGGGACAUUGUGUGGGCGUACCUGGGAAUGUGCUAUCCCAGGUAAAGAAGGGACCAUUUGGCAAGGAGGACUCUACAGAGUCACCAUGUAUUUCUGCGAAGACUACCCAUCAACGCCACCAAUUUGCAAAUUCACCCCAAGAAUCCCUCAUCCAAAUGUUUUCUCCAGCGGCAAUGUGUGUCUGUCAACUCUGUCAUCCAUUCACUGGGAUCCAAACAUGAGCCCAUUGAAAAUUCUAUUCUGCCUCCAACAGCUUCUAGAUGAGCCCAACCCAGAAAGUCCAGCAAAAAUCGCAGAUGCAAAUAGAUUGGUCAACGAUCCGGAUGAGUACAACCGUCGCGUCGUAGAAUUUGCGGCCACUUACAACCACGACACUGUGAAAGAUCAGUUCAAAUCCGAGCGUGCGAUGCCGGCUGAACUUGCCGUGUCUACAGCUUCAAACGAGAAUAAUACAUCAGAAUGA